GUUAGAGUGCCGAACUUGAAACUUAGUGUUAGGUGCGGAACUUUUAAGACUUGCAAUUCGAGUGCAACUUCUUACUCCGAGCUUCACCAUCUUCGGGCCGCACCGCCCUUUGACUUCAACCCGUUCAGCCAGCUUCAGGAUUCGACAGAUCCGGCGAGGACCGCUCUGGCAAGGAACUCCGUGUUUAACUCCUUCCCACUAGUCUCGCCAAGUAUGAACAACCAUAUUUACCCCCGACCCAGACGAAGUCGCUGGUCUAUAAAAAGGGAACGUCGGCGUCAGCGCAGGGAGGCACGAAUCCUCCGAGGCGAGCUCUUGCGUCAGGAUCAACGAGAGUUAGAAAUCCAUCACUCGGUUGAACUUCCGCUAACACCACCGCAACUCCCUUCCUCACUCUUCUGCGAGGACGUUACUCACGGCCCUCGGCUUUCCUCACCCGCCUACGAGGACGUUACUCACGGUCCUCGCCCUUUCUCACCCGCCUGUGAGGACGUUACUCACAGCCCUUGCCCUUCCUCCCGAACAUCCGAAGAUUCUUGUCUCAGUCCCUAUCCUUCCCCUUGUUACUCCCCCAUUAACUCCCCAGACCACGAGGAAAUACCACAUUCACCCUCACCUUCUUCAGAUUCAGACGUAGAAUUUAUAGCCGAGUUUCUCCUCCUUCUCCCCCGCGCCCACGGUUUUAUCAUUAUGACGGUAGUCAAACUUCUUUAAUCGAACUACUAGAAGAAUCGAACAGUUCCCGAUUAAAACAGCCCAUCACUCCACCAUUACCGCAAUUUCGCUCUUAUUCCGGAAGGAAUUGAUCCGGAUGUUUUAUUUCAUAUCACAUGCGCACUAGCCCUUACAGAUCUCAUUCCAGUUUUCACCCCUUACUACCACGACUCCUUCGCUAUCCCCACCGACUUCUUCUACAAUUUCUUCCCUCCUUCCAGGGUCAUUAUACAAGAAAUAAUAUAAAACAAAUCUUAACCCCUUCUCUCUUUCUUGACUUACUAAGUACCAAAUUUUCACGGGAUAAUAAUUUCCUAUAUGUAUAUAUUUUAAAUUGCGGUAUAAUAAUGUCAGAUAUCAAUAUUUCCUAAACUAUUGUAUUAUAAUGUAUAAUACUAAGAUAUUUCAAAUUGCAGUCUA